AAGCAGGCUUCUGUUUGACACUAUCAGUCACUUUCAAUACUCUCUUUCCUUGCCACCAUACAAAGGCUUAUUUUUGUACACACCUUUAUUUAUUUGACAACUUUUUCAGUUUUCUAUAAAUUUGGAACCUACAGUCGUGUAGGGUUUUUGUUGCCUCCACCCAUCAACGAUCAAAUCAGUCCCGGAAAGCAUCACGGAACACAUCAAUGAGUUCAGGCCAUUCAUUGCUGAUUGCUACAACUGGGUCAGACAAAUAAGCUGGCACAAAUACGCUUCUUCUACUUUAGUCGACAGACCAGUCGAUUGCAGGUGAAGAAAGCCACAGUGACGGGCCAUAACCAUCUAGUUGGAGGGUUGUUCAACCUUCUUUUGAAAACUGAAUGAGGAUCACUGAAGGACCAGUGGAAUAAAAUAAAACGCAAUAUCAGAGAGGGAGAGAGACCUGGAGAGCUAGACGGACACAUUAAGUGGUGUAAGGGAUAAUAAAGGAAAAAGGGUGACACCUGCCCUCUAGCUUGGUGGAUGUCAUAGAUUAAAAGAGUGACAGGUGUGGCAUGAAAAAAGGGAAACGAGCAGAAAGAAUGAAGACAGCUGGAAAACAAGGCCUUCCUCAAAGCAUAUCUUGCUCCAAUUAGGAAAUCUCGUUACAAACAAGAUGAUUAAAAGCAAUCUGCUCAUAUUGGUUUCCAUCUGCCUGUGUGAAGGACUGUGGAGCGGGACCUUGGCCAGCAAGGUUGUGCGAAUGAGAGAAGUAGGUGGCUCACACAUGAUGAAGGUAGAGGAGAACAGAGCUCCAGACCAAAGGGAUGGAAGCAUGGACACAAAUGCAAUGCCUUUGGUGACUUUCAGAAAUUUGAUCAGUCAUGCACAGACAGGUGACACUGGACCUCUUUCCCACACCAAAGCACUGUCCAAUCAUGCAACUCCAUCUGCUGUUAUCAAGGAGAGGCUAGCCGUCAAGCCUAAGCAUGAGUCUGAGUCUAUCAGCAAUAAAGAGGUAAAUUUGCGGAAGGAGCUAAGUCAUGAUUUUAAAAAAAUGAAGAACAGUACAAAGAAUGUUGAGACCAAAAUAGGAAAAGGAAACACUUUGCACCAUAAGAUUGACUUACAUUCUAAUAAAACCCACAUUAGAUUAAGCUCAAGAGUCAAAAGCCGACCUGAUUUGAGUGUUCAUGCAACAGUUGUGCCAGUAAAGGGCUUAGGCAACGAAUUAAAUCGAAAACUUAACUUCAGUGGAACUUAUGAGGUUCUGAAAGUUCUGUCAAAAGAGAACCUUGUGAGGAUCGUUAAUUCCCAAAUGCAGAAUGUUCCCAGUCUGAAACUGAAGAGCAAGAGUAGUCGUAGCAGAAAGAGAGAUUUGAUUGACGUUAAUCACAGACAGUUAGAGGCACUUAAAAUGGCAAGACAAGAUAUGUCUAUUAUUCAGACACAUACUGGAGUUGAUAAUCAGACUGCAUUUCCAUAUCAAAAUAUGGUCAGCACUCCAGAUCUUAAUCGGGAACAGAGUUCUGACAUUUAUGUUAAUCCAAGAAUGACGGCUCCAGGUUUCAGUAAAAGGCCAGACAAUGUAGAUCUACAAGUCUCAGAUGGUGUCGAGAGCAAGAAAAAACAUGCGCUAUUUAUGUCAACACCGCUGGAAAAAGUCAAUCUCAUCUGGAACAAAGAAGUGCCGAUCAACCAAACAGAAUCCCCUCUCCAGAUGACAAAACAUUUACCACUGUAUGUUCCUUCUGAAACAAAUGGCUCCACUCCAUCUAUGCUGACAAUCCAACCCCAGGGAUUAAGACCUGGGAACAGAACAGCAGAUUCCCAUCGAGACCUAUUAACAAAGUCAGUUCACACUACUCAAACGGGACUCGGCACAGCUCACUACUCAGUAGAUGAAGACAGAAAACCUGUCAACAGCAGUCAUGUCCUGAGGCUCCAUCCAGCUCCAGAAUGGGACCACUCUGCUCAAGAUGCUGGCGUGCAGGUGCCUGACCCAGACAAUGAAAACGGCCUCAUGUUUGAGGAAGCAGAGUCUGAGGACGAUGAUGAGGAUCCAAUAGAAGAAAAGAGGUCACGCUCUCGCAGCAGGAGAAGUUGGAUUUGGAACCAGUUUUUUGUGAUUGAAGAAUACGCUGGACCUGAACCUGUUCUCAUAGGCCGGCUCCACACUGACAUGGACAGGAAUGAUGGACGGACCAAAUAUGUCCUACGUGGUGAGGGGGCUGGCUCUGUCUUUGUGAUCGAUGAGAAGACAGGUAACAUCCAUGUCACCAAGCCACUGGACCGGGAGGAGAAGGAUGAGUACCGUCUCAUUGCCACGGCCACAGACAGGCAGACAGACCGUGCCCUAGAGCCCUCAUCACAGUUCAUAAUUCGAGUGCAGGAUAUCAACGACAACCCACCUGUCUUCGAAGAAGGUCCUUACAGCGCCACCGUGCCAGAGAUGGCAAAUAUAGGCACUUCGAUAAUACAGGUGACAGCGACAGAUGCUGAUGACCCGACUUAUGGGAAUAGUGCCAGACUUGUGUACACACUAGUACAAGGCCAGCAAUACUUCUCUGUUGAUCCCCAGACAGGUAUUCUUCGCACAGCUGUCCCUGACAUGGACAGAGAGACCCAGGAUCAGUACCUUGUCGUCCUCCAAGCCAAGGACAUGGGAGGCCACUUAGGAGGAUUAUCUGGUACCACUACAGUCACGGUUACCCUUUCUGACGUCAACGACAACCCUCCACGCUUCACUCAGAGUAUGUGGUCCUUCUCUGUGUCCGAACUGGCAGUCCCAGGUGCUGAAGUAGGACGUAUUUCAGCAAGUGACGCCGACCUUGGUGAAAAUGCCAAAUUGGAGUUCACAAUCUUGGAGGGUGAGACAAGCGACACGUUCAAUAUCACGGGAGUAAAUCAAGAGGCGAUCAUCAUUCUAAAUAAGGCUGUAGACUACGAAAGCAGGAGUUCCUACUCGUUCUCUGUGGAGGUCCUCAACCCGACUGUGGACCCACGCUUCUUGCGGAGAGGAUCUAUUAAAGACCGAGCUUCAAUCAGAGUAGCUGUCCUGGAUGCAGAUGAACCUCCAAGGUUUUCCAGGACACGAUACCACAUGGAUGUUUCAGAAAACUGCCCACCUGCCUGCACCGUGGGCCGAGUCAGUGCUGUAGACCCAGAUACUGGUCUGACUAAUAACAUCAGGUUCUCCAUUGAUCCUCAGUCAGACCCGGAGGCUCUAUUUCGCAUCACCCCAGAUUCCGGCCUCAUCACGACAGCCAUGGAACUAGAUCGGGAACGUGAGCACUGGCACAACAUUACUGUCAUCGCUACACAGAGAGACAACCCCAGCCAAGUGUCUCGGGUUUUAGUUGCAAUCGAGACGUUAGACCUGAAUGACAAUGCUCCUGAGCUGGACAGACAAUACACAACAGCCAUAUGUGACUCAUCCACCAUCGGAAAGGUGGUGCAGGUGUUACGGGCGAUUGAUAGAGAUGAGGGAGGGAAUGACAGCACUGUGUAUUUCAGCAUUCCUCCCGAGUCACGGGCUGCCCUCAACUUCAGUGUCAGGGACAGUGGUGGUCCGACAGCAAGCUUGGUCUUGCUGUCCCAGCUUCAACCACUGUCCCGGUCUCCAUCUUCCACCCUAACAAUUUAUGUGCCACUAGUUCUACGAGAUGGUACGUCAGGUCUCACCAGCACCGGCACUGUCACGGUCUCUGUCUGCCCCUGCCUGAGAGGAGGUGCAAAGACCGGUGAGAGGGAGAAGGGCAAACAGGCUGAGGGUGAAUGGGACUGGGAAAGAGAAGCAGUGUGUCUCCCUCAGCACUCCACGUUGCCUUCGCCUGGCCUUAGCACUGCAGCUUUGCUGGCUAUAUUAGCAUGUGUUGCAACAUUACUAGCCGUGAGUGCCCUGUCAUUGUCAUUGAGGCGUCAGAAGCGUGAUUCACUAUCGCCACUGGAGGACGAUGACGUCCGUGAGAACAUUAUCACAUAUGACGAUGAGGGCGGUGGAGAAGCAGACACGGCUGCGUUUGACAUCGCGGCACUCCAGAGCGCUCCCCACAGCUCACGCUCACGUGGCUAUCGCACACUGGACAGCAGGAACAUACGCUACACCCAACGUGGCCAAGAAAAAAGUCGUACCUCCAGCUGGGCUCAGAAUCCAGUUGUGGAUCACAACUACUCGGGCCCAGGAGGACCCUUUUAUGGUCGUGUAUGCUACAGUAGCCACACACUACCAGUUUUACGCCACACACCGGGUGAAAUAUUUGAACCAGGUCUGGCAGAGCUUGGAUAUCGCUUUCCUGGAGGUCAACCAGACCACUCACUGGUCAUCCAAAACCAGGGUGCAAUGGUUGGCCCAAUGGAAUCCGGAGCUGUAUAUGUAACCCCAGCAGAUCUCAGCACAGGAAGCCGAACGGGAAGUCAUGCGGGCAGCCGUGACGGGACUGCAACCCAGAGUGGUGUGAGCACAUCGGAUGAAGGAACACCUCGAACUAGUGAUAGCCAGGAGAAACGACGAAGGAUAGGAACAUCGAGCAAUUGUACUGAGGAGAGCAGUGAAGACAAAGCGAACAACAGUCAUGAUAUGGACUGGGUGCAGUCGGAGACAUUACCGAGGGAGCAUAACCUUGUCCUGACACGAUCUGGCUCUAUGAUUGGUCAAGGUCAUGGAGGAUGGGUGUGCGAUUCAGCCACCCUCCCGUUGGCAGGACGUAAGGCCUCACGUGCUGGCCUGUCUCCAAAAGGUGCUGAUUCAGACAGCAGUGGUGUAGCUGGAGGAAGCGGAAAUGGAGCUACUUCCUCUGAUGGGCAACAGAAAGCUACCAAUGGUCGCAACUACGCCACCGUGUUGCAAGGAGAUGUACGCAGGCAGAAGGAGGCCCCUGGCACUCUGGAAAGAGGAGGACUACAGAUGGGGAGCAACUUUACUGGUGCAAGGCCAGACAGAGAAGGCAGUGGGAUAUCGUUGACUGGUAGUCCAUCUGUGUACCCAGAAUCAACCGGCCUGAUUGGUGACUGGUGUGAUCGAGUGUCUUUGGGUGGCUAUGUGUUGGCAAGAAUGGAUAUGACACCCCAGUUAUUGCCCUUCCAAGGUCAGCCCAGAGGAGCUUAUGGGGGAAUGCUAGGCAUUGGUCCCGGUUGGGUUCCAGGUAUUGAGGCGGCAAGAGCAGCACCAGGGACUGGAGGUCCCCCUUUGGCUCUGAGGGUGGGUGAAUUUUUACGCCUACGUCUUGCCCAGGUCACGUUUGACCCCUCACAACCACCAUAUGACUCAGUGCAGAUCUAUGGCCUGGAGGGUAAUGGUUCCCGGGCUGGAUCCCUAAGCUCACUUGAGAGUGAAGGAGAGAAAGAAGCAGAUAAGGAGGACUGGGGUGAAGGAUUGGAAGAGUGGGGGCCGCAGUUCCACAAGUUAGCGCAACUCUUCCGAGACCGGGAGAAAGAAAAAGAAGAGAAGGGAAAAGUUGAAGACAGUGCCAAAGAGGAGAAAGAGUCUCCAGAUAGAAAGGAGAGAGGGGUUGAUAUGAAAGUAAAGACUGAAGAAGGAUAAAAGAAGAAAAAAAUGGGGGUAAAGGGGAGAAAGUAGAGACAAGGAAAGAAAAUGAUAAAAAGACUACCAGAAGUAGACUAAUGUGAAGAGAAGUUAAAGGAGAGAAAGAUGAAGAGGCAACGUAAUAAAAAGAGACAGAGAAAAAUGAGCCUAGGGAGGGUGAAGAAAGCAAGGGAAGGGGAGGGAGUGAUUGAUGUAAUUUUAAGCAAUAAGUGUUGAAGCGCUGAUGUGGUUGAACACCGACACUGAGACAAUGCAGAGCAUCCUUCUGCUAGAACUUCCAACUGUUUGUCAAAACUUGGGACAAAGAAAAACAACCCAAAUAAACAAUACACGAUUGAAUCUACAGUGUACAUGUGGAAUGACAAACAACAAGAAAACAGUUUGUCAUUUAAAAUGUGGUGUUUAGAAGGUCAGUGAGUAAGUAGGAAUAAGCUUGUACGCUUGUGAUUGUCUUUUCUGAGCACAGUAUACUUUAAUUGUGUGAAUAUGCUGAACAAAGACAGGAGGAUUAACUUAAAAAAAAUGUUCAUUCUCAAAAAUGAUGAAGAUGGCUAGACGAUAGACAACUAAUAGACAGUGGUUCUUCGACUUUCAAGUUGAAUUAGACCACGCAUGUAAAUCAAGUCACUCACAUCUAAAAUCAACUUUUCCAAUUGAAAUGAAACAGCAUUAAUGGAUUUCAGCAUUUAAAAAAGUAAUCAAAAAAAAUUUGUAAUAUGUUUUUAAGAAGAAAAUUAGCACUCUAUAUGAUUGUAUAGUGUUGCUAUUCUUUAGACCACAUUUUGAGCGUCUUGGUCAUUUUAUUUUUAAAUGGAUUUUACGAGUCUUUGUCUUAUCUCGGCCUGUCUUGGUCUUGGUGUUGUCUCUUUCUCAACCCUCAAAAAUAUUGGUCUCGGGGAAUUCUUGUCCCAGGAAAAUCUCUGUCUUGGAUGGUGUGGUCCUGAGCACAACACCAGUAAUGUACUUAAUAAAACAAGAGGUACAGCCUAUCCCAUCUAAACUCGGAUGAAAGGUUGAUUUCAAAGUGCCAGUCAUUUACAGGCCACAGAGAGACACACAUAGUUAAAUUGAAUGCAAAGUAACGUUAUACACUCUGUAAGUGUUACAAAAUUGUUUAUGGCGGAAAACACUGCGGUGACAUGAAGUUCCGCUCUGAGACCCCCAAUUUGGCCAGAUUAAAAAAUUGUCAGAUAUUUAUGUGUGAUACAUCAUUGGAAAGCUUAACAUCUCUAUUUUCUGGGGGAAGAAAUUUUUUUAACAGGAGGGCAUUUAAAAAAAAAAAAAAAUUAAACAGCAAAACCCUACCUGGAGGUGAGAGCACGCGAGAGCAGAAUUACAGACGCCAUGGCUUUAACGAGAUAUUACAUACUUACCUUGUUCCGAUCCAAAAACUCCAUGUUGCAUGUAUCACUGAGUAUCAAAACACAGCUGUGAAUGGCCACAGUUGGAUUUUUUGGGGGAUUUUAUGGGUGAAACAUGGUAAUAUAACAAGGGUCGCGAUGCAGAAAUCGCAGACAUCAAGGGGUGGUUGAGAUUUUCUUUUUCAUAUAGUUACCCUUUUAAAUGGUAUUUUUCAACUUUUCUUUGUUUGGAUCGAUUAUUAGCUAACAUAUCGGGAAAAAUGCGACAGUAACAAAAAAAAAAUACAAUUAAACGAUAGUUAUGAGGUAGAUAUCCGUGACUUUUUUGCAGACGCCAAAUUUUUCAUUGUGAUGUAAUUUGUUUAAAGUUUAAAAUAUGCGAGUGAAUAAUUUUUUUAAGUUGUUUUCUUUUUUUGUAAACUAAAUAUUAGACAUCAAUUAAUGAUUCUAAGCUAAAAAUGACAGACAUUUUGAAUACUAAAUAUAAUUACUUACCUUCUUUUUAUGGCUAGGUUGAAACAAAAGCGGUUGCGCGAUGUCUGUAAACUGGGGUUUUCAGUGUAAAACAGAAAAUUAAAAAUAGUUCGGGGGCGUCAUGCACCAUGAAUCUGCUAUGGCAGCAUAUAGACAUAUUGUUCUAUCAAACACAACAGUUGUUUUGGCUUAAAAUACUGCAGUUGAUUUUAAAGAGGAGUACAAGGGCAGAAACUGCUUUUUCAGUCUUGUCUGUGUUUUCCGCCAUAUCUCUUUACUGUCAGCCCUCCCAGUUAAACUGAAUAUUUCACUUGGGCCAUGUCUACACUUUUUUUUUUUUUUUUUUUUUUUCCCCUAAUACAUCGGGGGGGGGGAGAUAAUUACGUCCACAGCAGCACGUUUGUAGAAAAAAAAAGUUUCCACAGCCAACCGCAUAAUUUCAUUUUUAAUUACAUUCAUAACAAUGCGUGAAAAAUAAUUGUCCAUAAUACCCCAUCCUUCGCAUGUGGUCUUCAAUAUGAUGAAUUGCAUGAGUUUGUCAGUAAAUGUAAGCAAAAAAGCACCUAAUUUACUCCAAAUGUAAACAUUGGCCUGAUGUGUGACGAAGGGACGAAGUUUGUCGCAGUCAGUGAUGUUUCCACAGUUAAAUCUUUGGUAGCCAGUGUCCACAUGAUGGCGCUACAAACGCAGAAUUCACAAAUCAUGUCUUUGGACGGCGUUUUUAAGAACCCUUGUUUCAAUGUGCGAGUGCGUGUGGAUGAUAGGCUAAACUGUAGAAAAAGUUCUUUUUUUUUUUUUUGCCAAAUACCCUGCUACGUGUAGACAUGGCCUUAUAUUGCUGCUGGCUGGGAAUGUUAAAUAUCAGUUCCUUAAAGGUUUAUACCAUCAUAUCAAUGCUAGUUUUUUUCCCCAGCAUUUCUAACAGCGUUUUACUAUUGGCCCUUGAACUCUGUGGUCUCAUGGAACACGCCGCAAGGGUAUUUUCACACCAGCGCAGCCCACACCACAGAUUUUGGAGUUUGGUCGACCAGACUGCACCAAUAUAGGUGUCUUGACGAGGGUGUAUCCUUGCUGACACACUGUUACUAUGCCACCGAAUACGGUUCAAAGUUUCAUCUCUGUGUACACAGCUGAUUUUGCACACUAAGUGCAGGCAGAAAGCUACGCACCUCAGGUGCCAUGUAAAGUGGACGGGUGUAAAUUUGUGACCAACUCCUAUCACUUUCAUUGUAAAAAUCAAUUCAUUUAAUGCAUGAUUGUUUUAUUGAGUUGAAUUCUAAUUGUUUCUAGAAUCAUCCCAAGGGCCACACACCCAAGACACAGUCAGGGGGCCAGGUAAGGGGGUGUUACACAUGAGGGUGUCAAAUUGGCUAGGGAGGCUAGGGACAUGUCCCUGCCAAUAUUCAGUGUAGUCACUGUAAUCACAACCGCUGUCCAUUGUGUUUAGUCAAUUACAGCAGUAUGUCAAACAAAGGGUCAAAUGUAGGUCUCUGGUAGAAGUCACACCUCUAACUUCAAUAUUUUUCCCUAAUUUGCUGCCGGAUUUUCAUUGAACCUAGAUGUGAUUUGCUGUCCCUGCUGUCACUCCAUCUGCUCGGAAAAGCCAGAGGGAACGCUUUGAAAACUACAGAACAUGCAACCCGCUAUCUAGUGCAUUCACACCAGACUUUUGAUUUUUGUUGCUGUUGUCCUAAAAAAUAUCGCCAGCGACAAAACUCUUGUGUGACUGCACCUUUAGAGUUGGUGUCAUUUACAUGUUAUUUUAUUUUUUAUUUUUUGCGUACAACAGCCUCCCGUGACCCUGACAAGGAUGAGCGGUCUUGGGAAUUGAUAGAUGGAUGGAUAUUUUGUGUGCAUGCACACAUGCUAACUCUAUUUGGAGAUUGUCAACCAAAAGACAACUGAAUAUACCACCUGGCUAUACAGUAUGAGAAAGAUAUGAGUUUAAGUGAAAAAUACUUCAAAGACUUAUCCAUACAGAUAAUGAAUACAAUAAAUACAGUUUAUGCCAAAGAGCUAGAGACACUUGAUUCAAUUUAAAUACAAAAAAACGAAGUUAUUCUUAAAUUCUUAUUGUCAUUAGUGUAGAAAAGAGAAACUGUUCAAAAACACAUACCGUACUGGCCCGAAUAUAAGACUGUUUUUUGCAUUGAAAUAAGACUGAAAAAGUGGGAGUCGUCUUAUAUUCGGGGUCUAGACAUUAUACACAUUAACGACGCUAGAUGGCGCCAGAUAUCAUUGAAGCGAAUGCUGAACUUGAGGAGUAAUGUUCUGUCAUGACAGAUGUCAGAUACUCUCAAGUUUAACCAGUUUGCAUUAUUUUAUUGCAUUGUCAGAAUUGUUUCAAGACUACAGUUAGUUACACCUCACUUUGAUGGUUAAUGCACUUAUUGCAAUUUUGUUGUUUUAUCACAAUAGAUUGGUUUAUAUACAUUUUAAAAACGAGAAACCAUUCAUUUACGAAUGUGAUCACACUUUACAUAUUUAAAUGUUCAGAUAUUAAGAUUUGAAUGAGGAAAAAUAACAUGCUUUUUCUCUCAAAUACAGUGGGGCAAAUAAGUAUUUAGUCAACCACUAAUUGUGCAAGUUCUCCCACUUGAAACUAUUAGAGAGGCCUGUAAUGUCAACAUGGGUAAACCUCAACAAUGAGAGACAGAAUGUGGAAAAAAAAUUGAAAAUCACAUUGUUUGAUUUUUAAAGAAUUUAUUUGCAAAUCAUGGUGGAAAAUAAGUAUUUGGUCAAUACCAAAAGUUCAUCUCAAUACUUUAUUAUGUAUCCUUUGUUGGCAAUAACAGAGGCCAAACGUUUUCUGUAACUCUUCACAAGCUUUUCACACACUGUUGCUUGUAUUUUGGCCCAUUCCUCCAUGCAGAUGUCCUCUAGAGCAGUGAUGUUUUGGGGCUGUCGUUGGGCAACACAGACUUUCAACUCCCUCCACAGAUUUUCUAUGGGGUUGAGAUCUAGAGACUGGCUAGGCCACUCCAGGACCUUGAAAUGCUUCUUACGAAGCCACUCCUUUGUUGCCCUGGCUGUGUGUUGGGGAUCAUUGUCAUGCUGAAAGACCCAGCCACGUCUCAUCUCCAAUGCCCUUGCUGAUGGAAGGAGAUUUUCACUCAAAAUCUCUCGAUACAUGGCCCCAUUCAAUCUUUCCUUUACACAGCUCAGUCGUCCUGGUCCCUUUGCAGAAAAUCAGCCCUGAAGCAUGAUGUUUCCACCCCCAUGCUUCACGGUGGGUAUGGUGCAAUUGAGUAUUCGUUCUCCUCCAAACACGAUAACCUGUGUUUCUACCAAAAAGUUCUACUUUGGUUUCAUCUGACCAUAACACAUUCUCCCAGUCCUCUUCUGGCUCAUCCAAAUGCUCUCUAACGAACCGCAGACGGGCCUGGACAUGUACUCUCUUCAGCAGGGGGACACGUCUGGCAGUGCAGGAUUUGAGUCCCUGGCGGCGCUUUGUGUUACUGAUAGUAGCCUUUGUUACUGUGGUCCCAGCUCUCUGUAGGUCAUUCACUAGGUACCCCCCUUGUGGUUCUGGGAUUUUUGCUCACCGUUUUUGUUAUCAUUUUGACGCCACGGGGUGAAAUCUUGCAUGGAGCCCCAGAUCGAGGGAGAUUAUCAAUG